AUCAUUGGUCUCAAGUUGCAGCCUGGUAGUUGAGAUCAGUGAUUAUGGACGUUAUUGAAUCACUGAUCUCAAGUACUGCAACAGGGUUGGUUGCAGGAUGGUACUUCAGUGAUUAUGGACAUUAUAUCAGUGAUUAUGGACAUUAUUGAAUGGCUGCAGCCUGGUAGGCCUACUUGAGAUCAGUAAUUUAAUAACGUCCAUAAUCGCCGACACGGUGGUUAAACGGCUUUGAAUCCUACCCCUCCCCAGUGUACGUAGUGGGCGCUCAGCCAUGGUUCUUCUGUUGACUGAACGGCUGGUUUAGCGGCUCAUCACAACAGGGGCCAGGGCUUUUUUGUUUAAACAGGUGAACGCUCCUCACCUGCGGGUUGAGGCAACCGCUAGUGGCGUGGUCUACACAUUGUGGUGUCCCCUUUUUUAGAUGGGGCACAAGUUCCAUCGUUUGUUGUCGUGACUGAGACACAUUUUAGGUGUAGUUGUUUGCAUCAUGUCGAACAAGAAUAUAUAUUGAUUGACCCGUAUUGACAAUGUACAGUUAUCAAUAACUGUAAGUAAUUAAGUUAUGUCGCAUCGAAAGGUCCCAAAAGUUCCGACCCAUGACGUCACUGUAGGUAUAGACUCAGAUCUCUCUUCCCCCUCAAGGUGAUCGGUAUUUGCGGUCUUCUAGUCCUAAGUUGGGGGUCACUAAUUCUCCCCAUGCUCCCGGCGGUAUGAACCUGAGUGCGGAUGGUGAAAGGCGGCCUUUGAGAGAGACAUUGGAGGCUUCUUACGUUUCACUCCAUCCUCCAGGUCCGUGUCAUCAUCAUCUUCAUCAACAGGCUCCCUGCACAGGGCCCAUCCAAGCCAAUCACAAGCCGCACCCAGCUAAGCCAAUCAGGGGACAUGGCAGGAAAAAUACCCAAAGAGGAGCUGGAGGACCUGAGAGAAGCCUUUGCGAGAGUUGACCUGGACAGCAACGGCUCCAUCUCAGCCUUCGAGCUCCACGACCUCUUCAAGGAGGCCAACCUGCCUCUGCCGGGGUUCCGGGUCCGGGAGAUCAUCCAGAGGCUGGACCGCAACAACGACAACCUGAUCAGCUUCGACGAGUUUGUGUCGAUCUUCCAGGAGCUGAAGAAUGGAGAGAUCGCCAAGAGCUUCAGGAAGGCCAUUAACAGGAAGGAGGGGAUCCUGGCCAUCGGGGGAACCUCUGAACAGUCCAGCGAGGGAACUCAGCACUCCUUCUCUGAGGAGGAACGCUUUGCGUUUGUGAACUGGAUCAACUCUGCCCUGGAGAAAGACCCUGACUGCCAGCACCUGCUGCCCAUGGACCCCACCACGGAGGCCCUGUUCGGGGCCAUGGGGGAUGGCGUGCUGCUCUGUAAGAUGGUGAACCUGUCCGUGCCAGACACCAUCGAUGAGAGGACCAUCAACAAGAAGAAGCUGACACCGUUCACCACGCAGGAGAACCUGAACCUGGCUCUGAACUCGGCCUCGGCCAUCGGUUGUCACGUGGUGAACAUCGGAGCUCUGGACUUGAAGGAGGGCAAACCCCACCUGGUUCUGGGUCUGCUCUGGCAGAUCAUCAAGAUCGGCCUGUUCGCCGACAUCGAGCUCAGCCGGAACGAAGCCCUCGCUGCUCUACUCCGGGACGGGGAGACCCUGGAGGACCUGAUGAAGCUGUCCCCAGAGGAGCUGCUCCUCCGCUGGGCUAACUUCCACCUGGAGAACGCCGGCUGGCAGAAGAUCUCCAACUUCAGCGGUGACAUCAAGGACUCCAGGGCGUACUUCCACCUUCUGAACCAGAUCUCCCCUAAAGGCACGGAGGAGGACCAGCCGCGCAUCGACAUCAGCAUGGCCGGCUUCAGCGAGAAGGACGACCUGAAGCGGGCGGAGAUCAUGCUGCAGCAGGCCGACCUGCUCGGCUGCCGUCAGUUUGUCACGCCCACCGACGUCGUCAGCGGCAACCCCAAGCUCAACCUGGCGUUCGUGGCCAACCUCUUCAACAAAUACCCGGCGCUCACCAAGCCUGAGGGGGAGGACAUCGACUGGGGACUGCUGGAGGGUGAGACACGAGAGGAGAGAACCUUCCGGAACUGGAUGAAUUCCCUGGGGGUGAACCCACACGUCAAUCAUCUCUACGGGGACCUUCAGGAUGCGAUGGUCAUCCUCCAGCUGUAUGAGAAGAUCAAGGUUCCUGUGGACUGGAGCAACAAGGUCAACAGACCCCCGUACCCCAAGAUCGGGACCAACAUGAAGAAGCUGGAGAACUGUAACUACGCGGUGGAACUGGGGAAGUCUGCCAAGUUCUCCCUCGUGGGCAUCGGAGGUCAGGACCUGAACGAUGGGAACGCCACCCUGACGCUGGCGUUGGUCUGGCAGCUGAUGAGGAGGUACACCUUGAACGUUCUGGAGGACCUGGGAGACGGGCAGAAGGCCAACGAUGACAUCAUCGUCAGAUGGGUGAACAGCACCCUGGCCGAUGCUGGGAAGACGUCAAAGAUCAACAGCUUUAAGGACCGGGAGAUCAGCAGCAGUCUGGCCGUGGUGGACCUCAUAGACUCCAUCCAGCCCGGCAGCAUCAACUACGACCUGGUGAAGACCAGCGACCUAUCGGACGAGGAUAAACUGGAGAACGCCAAAUACGCCGUUUCCAUGGCGAGGAAGAUCGGCGCGCGGGUCUACGCCCUUCCUGAGGACCUGAAGGAGGUCAAGCCCAAGAUGGUGAUGACGGUGUUUGCCUGCUUGAUGGGCCGCGGGAUGAAGCGGGCGUAGACGGGCCGUGACCCCUGACCCCGUGACCACCCCCUCUCCCACCCCCUCUCCCUCUCUUUGACGGAGCGCCCCCCACGACCAGGAAGGAUAUGGAUGAUGUCAGGGUGGCGGACAGCAC